UCACACAUUCAUUUUUUUAUUGUCCAAGUGUGAGAAAAUUGUGAAGUUUGGACCAUUGACUUAUCACAGUAUCCUCCAUUAUUGACUUACUUUCAAGCUCAUCUUCAAGCUUUAGCUGUUUCACAGUGUUGCUUGGUUCUUCUUGAUUCAUCCACUCACUCUCCCAGAUCCAAUUUCACACUACAAUUAACAGGAAAAUGGGAACAGCAACUGAGUCAGACUUUGAUUAUGUUCUGAGUGAAAGAAAAGCAUUUGAUGAAACAAAAGCUGGAGUCAAAGGGCUUGUUGAUGCAGGUUCCAAGAAGGUUCCAAGCAUAUUCCAUCACCCACCUGAGAAAUAUGAGAAAAAGGUCUCAAAUUUAACCAACACAAGCCAUGUUAUUCCAGUCAUAGACCUUGCAGAGCUUCACAAGGAUGCAAGCAAACGCCAAGGGCUGGUUGAGAUAGUGAAGGAAGCAUCUCAAACAUGGGGUUUCUUUCAGGUGAUAAAUCAUGACAUCCCUGUGAGUGUUCUUGAGGAGAUGCAAAAUGGGGUCAAAAGGUUUCAUGAACUUGAUGCUGAACACAAAAGGGAAUUCUAUUCACGAGAUAGAACAAAACCCUUUUUCUAUAACAGCAAUUUUGAUCUGUAUGGCUCACAGGCAGCACUCAAUUGGAGGGACACUUUUAAGUGUUUGUUGUACCCUGAUCCCCCCAAACCAGAAGAAAUUCCAGCAGUAUGCAGGGUAUCCCUUGUUGAUGAAUCUCACAAAAAGGGUUUGAAGGGUUUGAUCUUCAAAGAAUUUCAUAAGGCCAAUUUACAGCAUAUAAGUAGAGACAUAUUGCUGGAUUACAGGAAAUACAUAAUGAAGCUUGGGAUUUUACUGCUUGAGUUGUUUUCAGAAGCUUUGGGUCUGAAUCCAAACUAUCUCAAAGAUAUGGGAUGUGCUGGGAGAGUGUUUGGUCUUUGCCAUUAUUAUCCUGCAUGUCCUGAACCAGAUUUGACCAUGGGAACCACCAUGCAUUCUGACAAUGAUUUCUUCACAAUCCUUCUCCAGGAUCAUAUUGGUGGUCUCCAAAUAAGAUGCAAUGACAAGUGGAUUGAUAUGAACCCUGUACCUGGUGCUUUGGUCAUUAAUAUUGGAGACUUUUUGCAGUUUAUAACAAAUGAUAGAUUGAAGAGUGCUGAACACAGAGUGCUUUCAAAUCAUGUUGGUCCAAGAAUCUCAGUUGCAUGCUUUUUCAGCCCAAGUGCUGAGGCAUCCUCAAAGCCUUUUGGACCUAUAAAGGAACUGUUAUCUGAACACAAUCCUCCCAAAUAUAGGGAAACUACAUUUGCUGACUAUGAAGCCUUCUUUAUUGCAAAAGGACUUGAUGGUACCAGUGCUCUUGCACCUUAUAAGAUUUGAACUGUGAAAAUGUAUCAGAAACUGCAUCUUAUCAGAUUUGAACUAGGAAAUGUAUCAGAAACAAAUAAGUUACAAUAAAUAAAAAUGAUUGCUCAAUCUGAUAUGACUUUAUAA